GCUCAAAUAUUGCAGUUUAUCCUCUGAAACGCUGAAAUCGGUUCGUCAAGUAUGCCAAUGUCCAGAUAAAUACGGGUACACUCGAGGUUUCCAUUUAUUGUCAAAUGUAUCGUCGUAGUGAUAGCGCGGAAACUAUGGAUGGGCGGUUUACACUUCAACCAGCGAAAGACAGUGGUGGCGUAGACAAUGGUGCUUUUCAGUUGCACGAAAACGGAGUUACAAAAGAAGACACUCUCAGUGACUUGAAACCGACACCUCCAAAUUCGCACUUCGUCCCUCAGAAACGGAAAAAGUCUCUCGUACAACUUACGCGAGAAGCUUUGCCCAGAUUAGAAAACUACAGAAAUUCAAGAAGGGCUGCCAAGAGACCUUCACUGGGAGAAUUACACGGAGGAGAAGAUACAGUAAAACAAGACCCCAACGGUGUUUUAGAACAAGACUCCGGUACUCCAGGAGGACACGCAGGCAUUAAAUUAGGAUGGAUUCAAGGCGUAUUUAUACCAUGUCUUCUCAACAUCUUUGGUGUUAUGCUAUUCCUGCGUCUUUCAUGGGUGGUGGCUGAAGCUGGAGUUGGUGAGUCUCUGAUCAUCAUUGGAAUUUCAGCAGCAGUGUGCAUUAUCACAACCCUGUCUUUAUCGGCCAUUAGCACCAACGGAGAAGUCAAAGGAGGAGGAAUAUAUUAUAUCAUAUCAAGAUCACUAGGCCCCGAAUUUGGAGCUUCAGUGGGUAUUGUAUUCGCUUUCGCGAAUUCUGUUUCUGCGUCCAUGAACACGAUUGGUUUCUGCAAUUCUUUGAGCGAAUUACUUAGCAAAUAUGAUCUUAAGAUUAUUGAUGCUGGUAUCAACGACGCCAGAAUCGUUGGCUGUAUCGCACUGGUAGUCAUGAUAAUGAUUUGUGCUGUUGGAAUGGAAUGGGAAUCGAAAGCUCAAAACUUUUUAAUAGUGGCAAUUGUCGCAGCAAUGGUGGACUUCGUCGUAGGGACGAUAAUUGGACCAACUUCAGAUGAACAAAGAGCCCAAGGAUUCACGGGUUUUAAUUAUACCACCUUCACAACAAAUUGGUUUUCUGAUUACCGGCGAUCUGAAAACAUGGACUACGAUUUCUUCCAAGUUUUCGCCAUAUUCUUUCCUUCGGUGACCGGAAUCCAAGCCGGUGCAAAUAUUUCCGGGGACCUCAAGGAUCCAGCGUCAGCAAUUCCUAAGGGCACAUUUCUAGCUUUGGUUAUCUCCAUGUUCUCCUACGCCGUGUUUGUCUUCUUCGCCGGAGCUGCUUCUCUCCGAGAUGCCAGUGGCAGUCUGCAGGACUUAGCGAAUGGAACCCUUUCUCUUUGCACACCAGAUUGCCAAUACGGCACUUUCAACAAUUAUCAGAUGAUGGAAAUUAUGUCGGCGUGGGGACCUUUAAUCUAUGUCGGAUGUUGGGCAGCUACCCUUAGUACGGCCCUGACGAAUUUAUUAUCCGUCCCAAGGUUGAUACAAGCUCUUGGAAUUGAUAGGAUUUAUCCGGGAUUAAUUUUCUUUUCGAAAGGAUAUGGAAAAGCCGGCGAGCCAUAUAGAGGAUACGUCCUCACUCUGCUCGUAUCUGCUGCAUUUCUGUUGAUAGGAGAGUUGAAUGCGAUUGCUCCCCUCAUUUCCAAUUUCUACCUCGCUUCGUAUGCCCUUAUCAAUUUCUGCACUUUCCAUGCGGCGCUUAUUAAACCGCUGGGGUGGAGACCAACAUUUAAAUAUUAUAACACCUGGCUGAGUCUUGCCGGUUUCAUUUCUUGCGUCGUCAUAAUGUUUCUAAUCAACUGGCAAACUUCCUUGAUCACAUUUGGAGUUAUUAUUGCGCUGUAUUUGCUUGUUGUCUACAGAAAACCAGACGUUAAUUGGGGCUCUUCCACUCAAGCUCAAACUUACAAAACCGCCUUAACAACAGCCCAUAGGCUAAUAAACAUUGGAGAACACGUGAAAAAUUACAAACCUCAAAUUCUCUGUCUUUGUGGUUCUCCAUCUUCUAGACCAGCACUCAUCGAUUUUGCCAAUCUUAUUACGAAAAAUAACUCUCUUCUAGUUAUUGGAGAUGUGACAGAGGUUCGUCUACAACAUCGUGUGCGUUCUAGCAGAAUUCAAAAUGUUUACUCCUGGCUUAGAAUAAACAAAAUCAAAGGAUUCUACUCGCUCCUCGAUCAUACCCAGUUUGAAAACGGUGCAAAAGCUCUCUUGCAAACUACUGGAAUUGGAAAACUCAGUCCGAACGUCUUGAUGAUGGGAUACAAAAAUGAUUGGAGAGGGUGCACCAGUGAGGAACUCAUGGCUUAUUUUAAUGUCUUGCACGCCGCUUUCGACCAUCGACUCGCUGUCGCCAUACUGCGAUUGAAAGAUGGUCUAGAUUAUAGCAAACUAAUGGGGGAUGAGUUAAAUGGAACACCAGCUGACAUUUCCAUGUCGCAGCCACCGACGGUUGAUUUACGUUCAGGCUUAGCAGCCAACACAAUGAUGCAUGCUGACUCCAAUCUUAGUUUAGCUGAUCUUGGGAAAUCGGACACGGCAACUCCCAAAAAUACUAUAAGUAAGAACACAACAAUAUUGGGUCCACAAUAUAAGAGAUUCCUUGCAGAUGGCGUAAAAAAUGGCAACAGUUUGAUAAACAGCAUGUUUGCAAAGAAACAUGCUUCAAAGGUAACUGAUUCUACAACGUCGAACAGCAAAGUGCACCAAAUUCCCACUUUUGCGAUGGAUAAUAUGACUCUGUUUAGGAACAAACAAAAUAAAGGAAAUAUUGAUGUAUGGUGGCUUUAUGAUGACGGGGGCUUGACCAUGCUUUUACCAUACAUUAUAUCGACCAGACAAGCUUGGUCAAAUUGUAAACUCAGAGUCUUCGCUUUAAGUACAAAUAAAAACGAAAUAGAGGAAGAAGAAAAAAGUAUGGCGUUUUUGUUGUCAAAGUUCCGUCUAAAUUACUCAAGUCUAAAAAUAGUUUCCAUUUCGGACAAACCCCAAGAAUCUACUAUUAAAUUUUUCAAUGAUAUGAUAAGUGAGUUCCGAACAGAUGAAGAGGUUGGAGAAAAUGAAUGUAAAGUGUCUGAGGCAGAAAUCGCAUCACUUCAAGACAAAACAUACAGACAACUUAGACUGAGGGAAUUAUUGUUAGAAAAUUCUAGCGACGCAAAUCUCAUCGUAAUGUCAUUGCCAAUGCCUAGAAAAGGAAAACUUUCAGCUCCUUUGUAUAUGGCUUGGUUGGAAGCUUUAACGCGAGAUAUGCCGCCAUAUUUAUUAGUUAGAGGCAACCAACAGUCGGUUCUUACUUUCUACUCUUAAAAACAAUUUGUAAUGAAAUGUACUUAUUUACACCAAACACUCUAUUAAUAAUAUUAAGUGUUAGAUUCUAGAUUGUGAAUAAUAUUUAUUUUACUACGUAUUAUUUAAUGUUACAAUUUUUAAGUAUUAAAAUUUUAUAAAUUUGUACAAUGACAAGACUUGAUUAAAAGAUUUUCUUUUGUA